UACAAUUUCCUGUUGGUUCAUUAUCUAUACAUGUUAUUGAAAGUUGAUUAUCUGCAUUAUACAUGCUUUAAAGGGUGCUUACUCUUAUAUUCGGCAGGUCAGAGUUAUGGCUUGUUGAUGAUAUUGUAGAAGAUAUUAUAAAAAAACUGAGCCAGUGUCCAUAUGAUUCAGAGUGCUUGGUGGGAAUGAAUUCUCGCAUUGAUGAAAUCAUAAAACUAUUGUCCAAUGAGUCAAAAUAUGUCCGCAUUUUGUGAAUUUGGGGAAUGUGUGGCAUAGGUAAAACAACCCUUGCCAAAGCUGUUUUCAAGAGGAUAGCAUGUCGAUUUGAAAGCUGUUGGUUUCUUGAAAAUGUCAAGGAUGCUUAUCAAAGAGAUGGCGAUUAUUAAAUAUUAAAGGAAUUUCUUUCUCAAAUUUCAGGGGAAAAAGGUGUUGGCAUCAGCCUUUCUAAUAUUCUGCGCUCUCCUGCUGUCAAAAGAAAGAUCAAUAAAAAGGUUCUAAUUGUUGUGGAUGAUGUGAAUAGAACACAACAAUUUAAAUUUUUUGAAAACAAUCGUUGUUUCUUUGGCAAAGGAAGCAGAAUCGUUGUAACCACUAGAGACAAACAGAUGAUUUUGAGCAAUGUCGAUGACAUAUACGAAGUUAAUGAAUUAUAUUUCUUUGAGGCCCGAACACUUUUAAGGCAGAAUGUCUUUAAGAAAACCUCUCCAAUAGAAGAUUAUCGGCAUCUAUUAUCUCGGUUUCUUAAAUUUGCUAAAAACAAUCCCUUGGCUCUAAAAGUCUUAGGCUCCUUUUUAUCUGACAAGAACCAAAGAGAAUGGAAACGUGUUCUGGAUGACCUGGAAAGGCUUCCUAUUAGAGGUGUUCAGGAUGUCUUGAAAAUUAGUUUUGAUAGCUUCGACGACGACGAAAAGGAUAUCUUUCUCUACAUUGCCUGUUUUUUUAGAGGACAUAGUAGAAAAGAGGUGACAAGAAUUCUUAAUUGUUGCGGCUUGAAUGUAGAUAUUGGAUUAUGUGUUCUCAUGGAUAAAUCUCUUAUAGCUGUUUCUGGUAAGAUAGAAAUGUAUGAAUUGCUGCAAGAAAUGGGAAAGGAAAUUUUUCUCCAAGAAUCUAGAGAGCCAUGCAAAAGGAGUAGAUUAUGGGAUCAUGAAGAAAUUGUUAGUGUGCUCACAAAUAAUCAAGGAACUGAUGCAAUUGAAGCAAUAUUCCUGGACUUGUCCAAAAUUAAAGCUAUUGACUUAAAUCCAGAUGUUUUUAAGGAAAUACCUCAUCUAAAAUUACUGUCAUUUUUCUAUGGGUCUGAAACAGAAACAGGUGAUAAGGUGCACUUUCUCAAGGCCUGCAAAGCUUCCCCAACGAGCUGCGAUAUUUGUACUAGCACGGAUACCCGUUGGAAACUCUUAUGGUUGCAACAUCUAUUCUUGGUAUAUGAUACCUAG